UUAUCCAAAGACACGACGAGCAAGGUGAAGUAACAACUAAGUAAGGCGAAAUAACGCAAUUUUUUUUUUUUUAAAUGUUUGGAUCUCUUGGCUCAAUCUACUGUCGCUUCGAUUGUCUUUUAUCACAUUCAAUUUAUCUCCACAAAACCCUAAUUUCAGAACCGAUCCCGCUUUGAAGAGAAAACAUGUUGCCCAAGAGUGAGAACCAAAGCAAGCCUAGCUUCUCCAAGUCUCUGUCUCUAGGACAAAAUUGGAAAUCUAAAUCCAUGAGGAUGAUUCCGGAAGAGUUUGUGAGAAGCAUUAAGCACAGGUUGGUGUUUAGUGUUCAUUGGGGUAAUUCCUGGCAACUCUGGCUCCAGGGGGACAAGAAAGGUCUGUUUAUGGUAAAAGAAGAUUGGGAUGAGUUUGUGGAUGACAACCUUUUAGGUCCAGAUGAUACCUUGCUCUUCACACACCAAGACACCAUGCAUUUUCAAGUGCGUAUCUUCAAGAAAGAUGGGAAAGAGAUCAACUCCGUACCUCUUGAAGUUGAAACUGGAACUGAACCGUUUCAUCCUAAGCCCCGAAACUCUCUCCAGGAGGCAACCCCUGGUAAAAGAAGACCUGGUCGAGCGGGAAAGAAUUGUUCUGAUGUCGAAAACCUCAAGAGAUACCUCGUAAAUCCUCAAAACCCUUUCUUUAAGAAGACGCUGACGAAAACCAACCAUAUUCUGUAUGUGAGCUCUUGGGUGAUUGAAAAGUAUGGCUUGGAGUUUGCUCCCCAUAAUUCCGAAAUGUAUUUCCAUCUUCCUCAUGGAACAAAACACAAGGGCUUCACCAAGUUUUACGGCCGUUCACAUGGUUUCAAUGGCUGGGAGGAAGUAUCUGAAAGGUACAACCUGAAAGUAGGAGACUCUGUAGUUUGUGAACUUGAACUCUCAGGAGGAGUGGUUGCGGCUGUUAGAGUGCAUUUCCUCAAUGAAUGAUGAUGAGACGACGACUCUAGUCUCCCUUUUUUUAUUCUGACUCUAGUAGAACUAGUCAGGUUUUUAGCAACUUACUCUUCUAAUGCUAAAUGUGACCCUUAUGUAGAUGUGACCUUUAUGUUGGUUUAACAAAC